AUGGGACGCACAAAUUCGAGAAAGGCUGCUCGUCAUGCCCGCAUCACCCAAGACUUCUUUGAUCAGGUUCCGGAAACAUCUACUGGAGAUUCAGCCAAGCCUUUGGCAUCCACGUCGCCCUCUACAACUUCUUCUCAAGGCGAGGGUGAAAAAGCGGUUGACGAUUCCGUCAACACUGCGAGGGUCAUAAAGCCUGGUCUCUUGUGUGAAACCUUCCAAGCCCUUGAUCUGAAAGACGAUUACAGACAAGUUGCCUGCUUACUUGGAGAGCGUAUCUACCGCACUUUCGAGAGGAAUCAGGAAGCUGCCAGAGAUCUCCUACGUCACCUCUUUACCACUGCUUACUUGACUGUCGACGAGUCGACUGGCAAGAGAGUGUGGCGCAUUGACUUGGACAUCAAAAGAGAGAUCAUCAAAGCCAUCCGCGCCUCCAAAUUCAUCGGCCUCUUCACCAGUCCCAUACAACCCAAAUACAUCGAUCUCCCUCCCGAUGAGAUUGAGUUUGUCAUCAAAGCAAAGCACCCUCUGAAGGAAUUCGACGUGAUUGGCAUCAUUGUCGACUACUUUCUUGAAUGGUCGGUUGAGUGUGCAAAUUUCCUUCGCCUUCACCCAGAUCUCAAAAACCUCGACAUUUCUCUGGUACAAUACGCUGAGCGACACGCUUCUUUUGUCUGCAUCGGCAUCAUAGAGAUCGCUGCUGCUAUCAGAACUGAAAAGUCUAUUGACCUUGACCCUCGCCCAAUCGAAUACUUCAUGGCCGCUAGAUUUGACAAGAUGGCUGGUGAACAGAACCUCUUCAUCCAGGAGAAGCAACAGAAGCCUGCUGCCAAGAACAAGGGUGAAGACAAAGUGGAGGCUGAACUCGUCGAGGACAAACAAGAUGUCAACAAGCACAUCACCAAGAUAGAGCACGCUGCCGAAGGUGCCAAAGAGGAAGAUAUCAACAAGGAUAACGCUGCCACCACGGGCACUGCUGCUGAAUCCACUCCAACCACGAUGGAAUCCUCUGACGAAGCCGCCAAAGACAAUCAUGUCAACAAAGACACCAUCACUACUGCUGCUAGCGCUUCCGCUACCUGUUCCAACAUUGCUAUCACCUCUGAUGACCCCGUUUCUGCUGUGACCGCUGGUACUCGAGGCCUUUCCAUCAAGGACCCGGGCGCAGGGCAUGACGAUCCGUGGGGUCUUCGCACUCGUCGUUCGCGACGCCCUGCUGCAUCUGUCGUCCACAACGAUAUCUACACCGAUACCGAUGGUAUUACCUCUGCUGGCGAUCCAUUCCCCAACCAGGAUCCACGCACUCGUCGCUGCGAAAGACUCCGUGCGCGUGCACGCAUUGCCAACGCCGGUGCUACUACUUCUCCCAUGACCGCCGCCGAUGCGUCUGGUACUGCCACUCCUGCUGGUCCUCGCGCUGGUCGCCGCUGUGCUUCCGCUUCUACUGCCGGGCCUAACAACGCUUCCGCCCUCCCACGCGAUACUCCUCCCCAGCACCGCGCCAAGGACCAACUGUACAAGGAGCUAGAGGAUCUCGUCAACACUAAUUUCCCCUCUGCUCAAGCCCGCCGUGCCGCAUUCGCGCAGGCUAGACAGCGCCUUCUCCGAUCCGAGACUGUGGCGGUUGCGCGAGGUGAGCAACCACUGCGUGCCACUGCCACACGCGCGACUCAGGAGGCAUUGACCCUCGGAAUUGACGAUGCCCUCAACGCUGUUCGCCAGCGACGUGCCGCAGAGGCAGCUAGGAUGAGGGCCACCGGAGAGGGAACCGAGGCGAAUGCGCGUGCCAGAGAGCAAGGAUUCGGGUUCGACAUUGGUGGAAUGUCUGGCUGGACGGGGGAGUUGGAGGCCAUGCAAAUCCAAGCCCUUCAACGCAAGAAGGACCAGGUGGCCAAGAAGCAGGCUGGAAAGGAUGCGGAGAAAGAUGGUGAUGAUAACAAAGAGAAGUGA